CUGUGUGUGCCGAGGUGGUCCAGCACUUUUCUUGUGAGGUUCUUUCAGGCUCGAUCACUAACAGUUGGAUCUCGGCCAAGGAGGAGAAGCAGAUGACCCCUCCCUGAGGGCUGUCGAGUCCCGACAGAGCAGGCCUCGUGCUUCAUCUCUCACGUGCAGUGCCCAGGUCUACCGUGACGAAGGCACCAUGCUCAGGCUUCUGAGACAGGCCAUGAACUUCUUCCGCAGGAGGAUGGACCCCACCCAGGAGCAGCAGCCACAGCAGAUGGAGCUCCUGAAAGGUGACACCAAUAUGAAAGCUGUACAGGGAGUGGUGACAAGACUCUAUAGUGAUUAUGGCUUGAUUAAUGAGUCGAUCUACUUCAGUAGUGAUGUUGUCACUGACAAUUUGCCUCUAAAAGUUGGACAAAAAGUUACUGCAAUUGUGGAAGAAAGGGAAGCAUUCUAUGAAUUGAACACAAUCAAAGUGGAUGUUCUCCCUGAUAAUAACACUGACUCUGGGCCUUCAGACUUUGAAACAGAAGUUUUAACUGCUUGUGUUGCUUAUAUAAAUGCAGACACUGUCUACAUCGAUGAGAAAACUUUCUUCCCCCUAGAUGUUGUUUCUGAAGGUUUUAUGCCCUACAAGGGUGACUGGGUAAAAGUUGAUUACUCCAUUCCACCAGGCACAUCUUUCAUCAGUGUACACUUGGUGACACCCUUGACCUGUCGGCGUAUGGAGGAGGUCUGCAUCACCACCAUGCAUGGAAGACAUGGGGUGAUAGAUGGUGUUAUCUUUUUCACCUUGGAUUCUCUGGAACUUCCUAAUGGAUACAUUCCUCAAAAACAUGACAUCGUCAAUGUGGUCAUAGUGGAGAGUAUUCAGUUGUGCUAUAUUUGGAGAGCAAUUUCUAUGACCCCGGUACAAAUUUCAUUAUAAAAAAAUAUAUAUUCUCUGUUUAUGUUUUCUCCUGUGAGCAGUAAACAACCUAGUUGAACUGAAAACCUUAGUUUAGUCAGCAUAAGCAAUAUAUUAGAUACAACUCUUAGAUAAAUCCAAUUAAGAUACUGGUUAGUGUACUUG